AACAAUGUAUGCUGUCCACUUAUAUUAAAUGCAUACGCCCCCCACUCUGCUGCAAACACUACAGCUGCAAACAGGUGCUCUGUGUUGUGGAAUUCUAACUGAACAAUUACAUAGAACAAUGGGCGCAGACCACAGUCAUCAUGCGAGCCACCAUCACGGUGCAUAUUAUAUAGUAAAACACAAACCAACGGGAAUGGUGCUAGACAUCCGGGACUGUGCCCGCCAUAACGGGGCCACUAUCUGCCUGUGGCCGCAGAACGGGGGAGACAACCAGCUCUGGACAUACCAUGACGGCGUGAUUAAAAGUAAAAUGCACGGUAAGGUGCUUGACGUCAAAGAUGGUCACGCUUAUCCCGGAUGUGACGUCAUCUUAUGGGACUUCAAUGGCGGAGCAAAUCAGCGUUGGAUACCAAACGCGGACGGUACCAUCGUCACGCAACUUGGCAACUAUGCCCUUGACGUCAUGAAUAACGCCACCCACCAAGGGGCAGAGGUGAAACUGUGGGACAGACACGGAGGGGCGAACCAGCAGUUUAAGCUGGAGAGAGCUUAGAAAUGAACUGUUCGGAUUUUUCUUUAAUCGUCAUUAUUAUUAUUAUUAUUAUUAUUAUUAUUAUUAUUAUUAUUACUGAAAGUCUGACGUGACUAAUGAGGUACAUGUAUUAGUGUAUGUGAAAUUAAGAAUGCUGAGAUAGAACAGCCCAUCUAGAAUUUUGCUUGAAACGGGUGUUUUUCGCACCAUGUUGUUGAAUGUAAGGCCAGUACUCUGCUUUGAUUUACAGAACUUGCAGUUAUACACAUGCGUCAAAAAGGCAACGAGACCUCCCUUUAAUUUUUUUUUUUUCAGUUAUAUUGUCAAAUCUUCAUUGCAGUUGACAAUUAAUGGUUAUCUUUUCGAACAAAAGUUAUGUUCAGGGUCGUUAUGAAAUGGACUAGUACUUUUUACUCAA